AUGUCGAUUCCGCAGAGGCGGACUCAUGCCGAGUUCGAAUCCAAUGCAGUCAAGUCCAACAUCAAGGAACAGCGUCUGCUUGAGAAGAACAUCAAUAUCCUCAAUGUGGAAGAAACUUAUGCCAUGCGUAUCCUUGACCUUGAUAGUCGUGAUAUUAAUACAUACCGUAAUAAAAUGAAUGAGCGGACGGCGAAAAUCAAAUCUCACCUCACAACUGUUGACAUUAUCAAAAUGAAGGAGCUUGAAGCUGCUGGAAAAAUGAAGGGAAUCGGUAACAAAACAGUGUCACCUUCAGCAGCCAUCCUGUCAGCAGCCGAAAAAAGACUUAAUAUAAAACCACGCCCAAAGACGUCUUUACCUGUCCGUCAAUAUCACAGUCGUAAAAACUCCCCGAAUAUCGAGGAAAAUAGAAGCGAUGACACUCUUAGUCAAGAGGAAUCUCAACCACGUGAUUAUAAAUAUCGUUCAUUAGUGAAGCAACCCUCACUUUCGAAUCUCCAUCAAGCGACUGCAAACGAUUCUGCAGAUCAAGAGUAUAACACAACAUGGGCUAGACCGUCUCCGAAACCUCGUAAGCGUCCAAAUAGUUCUUUCGUUUCCUCCAGCCGUUAUAGGAAUGGUGAUGCAGUCGACAAGGGGACAUCGAUUCCCUCACCUGUUGUAAAGAAGAUUGUCAUCCCAACGGCUGAAAAUGCUGACGAUACUGUUAGUGACAUAGAGGAACUUCCAAAUGAUCAGGUGUUUAUACCUUGCGAAGAAGAUAAUUCCCCUGUUGAGCAGGAAGUGUCUAUUGAAAAACCAGCACCGCGUCAGAAAUAUCGCAAAUUACCAAUUCCAACAAAAAGACAAGAACGCGAAAACAAAGGCGAAGUACAGACCAAAACUGAAAAGUCAAAAAACCAAUCACGCUGUCCUUAUAAGGGUACACCGAUGAAAGUGGUGCCUUCUGCCACUCCAGUGUCUAUGGUAUGUAAUGAUUCUACUGUAGGAGGAGGUCUACACAGAACAUCCCGGCCAGGAAGUGGGAUACCUGUGAAGAAUGGCGACGUGAAGUACGAAAACAGAAGACCACAAACAGCGAAACCUGUUUCAAGCGAAGACAGGGCAAUGGAGCACUUUCCUCGGUCUCACGAUAGCAAUGAAACGUCUCAUACCUCGAAUCGACCGAAAACUGCGAAAGUACCUCCUUCUCUUGGUUAUGCUGAGAUCCAUCGCAAUCGUCGCGUACGAUCACCAGAUCACAGUAUGAACACUCACCAUCCUAAAAUUCAUCAGAAUAAACCAGACAACCGGGACGUCGUUCGAAGUGUGUCAAGGAAAUUGCCAGUUCGUCCAGAAAGAUCUCCAAGUACCAGGAUUCCAAUACGUCCAGUCACGGCCCAUUCUCGGUCGGUAGAAAUAGAACUAGAAGAAUCUAGGCCUGUCCCACAGAGACGGCUUUCCCGUCCACGAACGGCGAAAGCAAACGUCAAUCCAAUGUAUACUGGUGUUGAAAGUAAGCAGCAUGUCCCUGAAUAUUCUACUCCGGAAAGCACGUCAUCUCUUCCACCGCCUAUCAGUCCUAGAGAAUGUAUAACAUCCCAUGUGGAUUCGAAGUCGGCAGCCAGUGUAUCAUCGCCCCGACAAUCACAGGAUCCUUCAUUACAAUCCAUGACCAAUAUACCUCGAUACAUUCCCAUAGCUCCACAACAGAGGGCAAGCAUCGUUCCACGCACUCCAAGAGUGUUGACUGUAUCGUCUUCAUCUAAACGAAUAAAUGCGUCUGUCGUAGACAGAUUGAAUGAUUUUUCUAGCGUAUUGCCGUAUGCGUCAUCAGGAAACAGUGUAACCAAUCAAACUAAUGAGAUUCCUGCGAUGUUACAAAGUCAACACUCAUCAGAAACCCGCUCUUCUCAGAUCACACAGCGUGUCCCAAGUCAGAAAAUGCAGGUCACUAAAUGCGAUCAGGAUUCUUUUUCUAGCAGUAACCACAAUAACAAAUCAAUCGAUCAGAACCAUGAUUCAAUUGUUGACUUUUCAGGUAAACAAGACUCUAAUGCCACCCAUUACCAACAACCUAACCCGCAAUUAUCUAUACCUCGGCCAGGUAGUGCAAGGCCACGUCGUCCCGCUCAAGCUAGCGGCCGAUCGCUGCCUGAAGACGAAACUGUCAGUUCUGCCACGGAAUUCCGUAAUACUUUGAGCAGGACAUAUGACACACAAGAAGUCGUGAUCAGUGCAAAACCUCCUCGACCAUUGCAGAGACCGACUACUGCACGAACGCAGAUCCCUGUUGGAGAUCAACCUGUUGAGGCACGUGGCAUUCCACGACCUCGAACAGCCAGGAUGUUGCCUACAACACCACAACGUAAGCCGCAACUGGAGAAAUACCCAUCCCAAACUGAAACUGGACCAAGGACUAUUGUGACAAAGGCUAUUGUUCAUUCUCCACGACCGCCGAGCGCUCCAGCAGAAAGUCGGAUACGCGUGCCGGAUGUCACAGAGUAUGUUACCCAUGAUGCUUCAGUUCCAGUACCAAGCAGAAUAGCUGUGCGCACAAAAACACCUAAAAAACCAUCUUUGAAUUUCCAUUUUGAUUCUCACAAAAUUACAACACAGAAGAAUAGUACUGAACAACAGGACACACUGCCUCCAAAAGUGUAUUCUACUUUCGAAGAGGCAAUGGCAGACUAUUUAGAGCGUGCUGCGGCAGACAACAUAUUUAGCGAAAAUGUGCUGAACGGAUUUCGUAAAAGUCUCAUCAAACUGGAGAAAUUAAAAUUCGCAAAGAUAGAAGACAAAAUGACCUUAUUUCUAAAUAAGAUGGACGAAUAUUUAGAACGCUCAGGAAAAGUAAUACCAGACUGGUUUAAACCACUUCGAUUUAGAAAAACUGUUGAAGAACCCGUUGUGGUCACGUUUGAUCCAGCUACUUACUUUAAAAACAGGCGGAAGUGUAAAUAUCAACACAACAAAGGUGCUUUUGAGCGACAGAACACAAAGGAUACUGACCCGAACGUGACGUGGAAUGGUAUCAAAAAGUGUCGGUACCUCAGAAUACCCAACGAAAUGAUUGAUCAUUCAGGAAUGCGUACUCUUGGAACAGACCAGAUUCAGCUAAUGAAAACACUCAAAGGCAUUGACUGA